GUGUAUCGGAUUGGCUGCUGGGAAUACUUCUGAAAUGUCAAUGAUGUACUUCAUGUUAACGUUCUUUUUUUCUGGAAUUGUUACCUGUCAUGGUAGUAAGUCUGCCUAUAAUGCAGUACCCCAGCUGCUGCUGGUCUCCUUUGAUGGCUUUAGGGCUGAUUAUCUGAAAAAUUACAAACUUCCUCAUCUUCAGGAGUUUAUUAAGGAUGGUGUGUUGGUGAAGCAUGUCUCAAAUGCUUUUAUCACAAAAACUUUUCCAAACCAUUACAGCAUAGUGACAGGCUUAUACGAAGAAAGCCACGGCAUUGUGGCUAAUAAAAUGUAUGAUGCAGAUACAAAGAAGAAGUUUUCACCACCUCAUGACUCGGAUCCUUUUUGGUGGAAUGAGGCAACUCCUAUUUGGAUAACAAAUCAACAGCAGGAGAACAGAACAAGUGCUGCUGCAAUGUGGCCUGGUACUGAUGUAAAAAUUAACGAUACGACAUCUCAUUUUUUUAUGAAGUAUAAUGUUUCAGUAUCAUUUGUAGAAAGAAUGGAGAAAAUUGUUACAUGGCUGAACAGCUCUGACCCACCAGUUAGUUUUGCCAUGCUCUACUGGGAAGAACCAGAUGCAAGUGGGCAUAAAUACGGACCAGAAGAUAUAGAAAACAUGCGUAAAGUGUUAGAACAAGUCGAUGAUCACAUUGGUUUCCUCAUUGCUAAACUAAAAGCCUUUGGUUUGUGGGAUAACAUUAACAUCAUAAUUACAAGUGAUCAUGGAAUGACUCAGUGUUCCCAAGAGAAGAUUAUUAAACUGGAUAAAUGCAUUGGCCGGGAUAACUACACUUUGGUAGACACAACGCCAGUUGCUGCAAUACUUCCAAGAAGCAACAAAACGUAUGUAUAUAACUUGCUAAAGAACUGCAGUACUCACAUGAAGGUGUACCUCAAAGAGGAUAUUCCAGACAGAUUUCAUUACCAUCACAAUAAUCGCAUUCAACCCAUAAUUCUGGUUGCUGAUGAAGGUUGGACGAUUGUACAGAAUGAGCCAAUUAUAAGAUUAGGUGACCAUGGCUAUGACAAUUCUCUCUCUAGCAUGCAUCCAUUCCUGGCUGCUCAUGGUCCUGCUUUUACCAAAGGCUACAAACAGAAUACUGUUAAUAUUGUUGAUAUCUAUCCAAUGAUGUGCCACAUCCUAGGAUUAAAACCACAGCCCAAUAAUGGGACCUUCAGCAACACCAAGUGCUUGUUAGCUGACCAGUGGUGCAUAAGUCUUCCAGAAGCCAUUGGAAUUGUGAUUGGUGUCCUUAUGGUGUUGACUACUCUUACCUGCCUUCUAAUAAUCAUGAAGAACAGAGUGCCCACUCCACGCCCCUUCUCCCGACUUCAGCUGCAAGAUGAUGAUGAUGAUCCCUUAAUUGGAUAGUAUAUUGGAAAUACAGCUUCCUUUCAUAGACAUUGUUUCUGAAAAUAGGCCAUAAGUUAGAUCAACAUGUUUACUUUCACUAAAUAACAGCAUUCUGUGGCAAUGCACUUUUAAAGGGUACCCAUUCAAAAUAUUACAUAAGAUGUACAAACAAAAACUGCUUGCUUAUAUUCCCUGACCAGUAACCCAAAAACAGAAGAUUUGUAAAAGGAAAUGUUGAACAGAUCUUUUGUUCCUUGUUGGAAAAAGCACUUAAAAUAAGGAUGGUUUUUCAAGUCCCUUCACAUAUGUAAAAAUAAAUAUCAUCUAUAACCUAGCAAAGCCAGAAUAUUAAGUGUACUUUAAAAUUUGUAAAUGAAAUGGAUUUCAUUUUGUACUGAACCUAAGGGUGACUUCCUUGCAGUUCUUGCACUUGUAUACCAGGAAGAGGAACACCUGGGGCCUUGCAGAUAUUUUUAGGCCCAGUAAGCUUUCAGUUGUACACAUUGGCCUGUGUUGGAAGUGGAGGACUCUCUUUAAUUUCUUGUUUCUAAAAGCUGAGGGGGAAAAAAAGAAAAAUCAAAUGAUGGGAGUAAUGGUUGUUGGGAAGACCUUACCGUCCAGUUGUAUAAUGCUCAGUGUCUAAAACUAGCAGAGACUAUAAUCUAGUAGUUACAAGGCAUGAUGGGGGAACAUGGACAUCAAGUUUCUACUUCCAGGUAAGACAGUGACUUUUUGCAUGGCGUUGGACAGGUCAUUGCACUUCUUUGUACCAUAGUUUUUCCUCUCUGUAGAAGUCAGUUAAUACUAUUAACUACCUCAUUGGGAUAUUAAUAGGCUAAGUCAAAGUUUUGAAAUGCUUCUCGGGCAGGUUCUGCAAGCACAGCCUACUGUUAAUUGAUAUGAAAACAUUACUUUGAUACUCCCUUCCCCUCCUUAAUGAAGCUCUUAGCUAACAUAGUCUCCUGUAUUAUAAGAGAAGCUGAUCACCUCUGUCGGCCCCCAACAUAUCUAUUGGAUGUGUAAUGUCUUUCUCAUGCUAUAAAAGAAAAUGUCUUUUAGGACUUAAGGUGUACCAGGUGAGAAGCAAACACCUUCCCUGGGGUAUAUGGGUGGUCCCACUGCUCGCCCCAAAACCAUUUUGAUAACGAGAAAAACAUUUUUGGAUCCUGGCAAAGAUACAGAACACAAUGGCAAUGCUCUGGAUCUGAGGAUGAGGACUUCUGCUAUUGAUGUUUAAAGCCUGGUUUAAAACUGUACCUAUUAACUUGAAAUCACUGAAAAUGGUCCCACAGUACUACUUAGUCCCUGAUGUUCUUUCAGUGCUAAAGUUCUGUUCAGUUCUUAAGUCUGUCUUGAUUGCAUUGGGGCCAGAGACUGGUGGGGACUUGGGCACACCUCACUGUUUGGUGUUUCCUGUUGGGUAGCUGCAAGCAAUGUUGGUGGCUCCUUGAUUCAGUGUUUUGCGUUACACUCUGGGGGCCAGGUGCCUGAAGCUAAAUGUUGCACUACUAAACUCAUAGGCGCCUGAAUCUUGUACUGGAUCUCAUCCUUAGAUCACAAUGAGGAUGAGCUUGAGGAACCAAGCAGGUGGUUUCAGCACCAGCUUAACUUUUGAAAAAUGCGCAAACUUGUUUUACUAGCACAGGGAGGAGGGGGCAGGGAACUGCUACUGUAUCUGGCCACCUUGGCACUAGCAACACUCUUUUUUAACAUUUCGGACAGCUACUGAAAACCUUAAGAUCAAAUAGUAAAAGACUAUUGUUUUAACACCAGCUGAUGUAUUUCUAUGCUUCCUUUUCUCCCACGCCCUCUUAUUUUUACAGAAAGUUAAGAGGACUAGCAGUAGUGUGAAUAGCAGUCAGUCACUGAGCUGCUGUGAAGGAGCUGGGAGAAGGGGAGUGAUUAGGACCAAAGUAACUCCCUUUUAGAUGCGUCACAGGGCUAGGAGAGCUGUGGAGGAAGCCUGCUGAUUACCAAGACAGGAAAGACGUGCGUGUCUUAUGGAUGGUUCUGACUACAAGUUGGCAAGUUUCAGAGGGAACCAAAACUAGAUGGCCCUCUAGGACCCAGGGGUUAGCAGCCUGUGGCCCACAGGACAGAUUCAGAGUGUGGGCUUUGGCAGCAGUGGCUUUCUCCAACUUGCUGAAGGCCUCAACUUGUGCUGCCACAGGGGGAAGCAAGUAGCAGCAGGGUCCUAGUGCCUGCCUGCCAGGCUCUGACCCAAACUGGGUCAAUCUGGCCCAUUGCAGCCUGCUUCUAUGUGAGGUGGGAGAAGGAUUAAUUUUGAACUGAAAUGUGAAGCACCAUUCAUACUGCGUGCCUACAAGUGUUUGGGGUGGGGAGGGAUUCGGAGAUACUACACUUCUCUGGUUUGCAUAUCAGAAAAGUUUCUCUGAACUUAUCUCUAAGGAGAUAUUGAAACUGAGCACUUACCUUAACUCUGAUAGUUGGAACAGCCCUUUAUUUGUUUCUGGCUUGGCAUAUUGUACAGGUUUGCAACAAAGACUCAAGGUCACCUCCAGAAAAGUGCAUAUUGAUUUGAAGCAGGUCAGAUGUAUGCCCCAUAA